AUGUACGUGACACAGACCACCUUUGAAAACAACAACCUCACAGACAACUGGGAUGAUCCUGAAGGAUACUACAAUGUAAGGAUCGGGGAAGUGUUGGACAAGAGGUACUCAGUUUUUGGUUUCACGGGCAAAGGAGUCUUCAGCACUGUUGUCAGAGUUCGAGAUGCUGCCAGGAAUAACCAGGAGGAAGCUGCCAUCAAAAUCAUUAGGAACAAUGAGAUGAUGCACAAGACAGGCAUGAAAGAAUUGGAGCUAGUGAAAAAGUUGAAUGAUGCCGAUCCAGCUGAUCGCUUCCAUUGUCUGAGACUUUUCAGACAUUUCUUCCAUAGGAAUCAUCUUUGCCUAGUCUUUGAAUGUCUGAGCAUGAAUUUGCGUGAAGUGUUGAAAAAGUACGGCAAAGACAUUGGCUUACACGUGAAAGCAGUGAGAAGCUACACGCAACAACUCUUCCUGGCUCUCAAGCAUCUCAAAAAGUGCUCCAUCCUGCAUGCCGACAUAAAGCCUGACAAUAUCUUGGCACUUAUAAAUGAAUCAAAGUUGACGUUGAAGUUGUGUGAUUUUGGUUCAGCCUCUCACAUAUCAGACAAUGAACCAACGCCAUACCUGGUCAGCAGAUUCUACAGAGCCCCAGAAAUCAUUAUUGGCAAUAAAUACGACCAUGGUAUUGAUCUGUGGUCUACGGCUGUGACCGUCUUUGAAUUAUACACUGGGAAGAUUAUGUUUCAAGGGAAAACUAACAACGAAAUGCUUAAGUUGUUCAUGGAUUUGAAGGGAAAAAUGCCAAAUAAGCUUAUCAGGAAAGCAGUUUUCAAGGAUGACCACUUUGAUCAGUUUUUCAAUUUCAUUUACCACGAAAUUGAUAAAAUAACAAUGAAGGAAAAGGUGACGGUGUUGUCGACGAUAUCUCCUAGUAGAGAUUUAAUGAAAGAGCUGAUCGGCUUUCAGAGACUGCCCGAGGAUCAAAUGAAGAAAGUGGUUCAAUUGAAGGAUUUCCUGGAUAAGUUAUUGGUUAUGGAUUCUUCUAAAAGGAUGUCCAUACAACAAUCCCUCACUCACCCUUUCAUUGUAGAUAAAUCUUGA